CGCAAUCUCUGUUGGCAUCGCUCCGCUCCGUUUAGCCAUAUCGCCACCCGUGCCGUGCGCGUCGUGCUUUGUUUACUUGUUUGUCACCUCCUUCAGUUUUGGUUCGCGGCGGCGGCUCGCGCGCUAUGGACGACCCCGCCAGAAUGAUGGGGCAUUCCGGUGGCCUCAUGCCGCCACAACCGUACGGCAUGGGCCAGGGUGACGCGCCCGCCGGCGGCGACUCCGAGCCGCGCAAGCAGGACAUCGGCGAGAUCCUCCAACAGAUCAUGAAUAUCACCGACCAGAGUCUCGACGAGGCGCAGGCGAGGAAACACACGCUCAACUGCCAUCGCAUGAAGCCAGCGCUCUUUUCAGUGCUGUGUGAAAUUAAGGAGAAGACUGUGUUGUCGCUACGCAACACGCAGGAGGAGGAGCCCCCAGAUCCGCAGCUGAUGCGCCUGGACAAUAUGCUCAUCGCUGAGGGAGUCGCUGGACCGGAGAAAGGUGGCGGUGCUGGCGCAGCAGCAUCUGGAUCUGCGGCCGCACAAGCGGGCCAGCCCGAUAAUGCCAUCGAGCACUCUGACUAUCGCGCCAAACUGGCGCAGAUUCGCCAAAUCUAUCACCAAGAACUGGAGAAAUACGAGCAGGCGUGCAACGAAUUCACCACCCACGUGAUGAACUUGCUGCGCGAGCAAUCACGCACUCGUCCCAUCACCCCCAAGGAAAUCGAGCGCAUGGUGCAGAUCAUUCACAAGAAGUUCAGUUCUAUUCAAAUGCAGCUGAAGCAAUCAACAUGCGAGGCGGUGAUGAUCUUACGCUCGAGAUUCCUCGACGCACGCCGCAAACGUCGCAAUUUCAGCAAACAGGCAUCGGAGAUUCUCAACGAGUACUUCUACUCACACCUCUCAAACCCCUAUCCGAGUGAAGAGGCAAAGGAGGAGCUGGCACGCAAAUGUGGCAUCACCGUCUCACAGGUCUCGAAUUGGUUCGGAAACAAACGCAUUCGUUACAAGAAGAACAUCGGCAAGGCGCAGGAGGAGGCCAACUUGUAUGCAGCCAAGAAGGCAGCAGGUGCGUCGCCAUACAGUGGCACACCGACGCCGAUGAUGUCGCCGGCGCCACCGCAAGACUCAAUGGGCUAUUCGAUGGGCUCGGCAUACGAGAGCUCCGGCUAUGAUGCCAGCAGCUGCGGCUACGACCCCAUGCACAACCAGGAGCUGUCGCCCUGAGCGCCGCCUACUUAAACAAGGAAACUUUAUACAAUAAGAAAUACGCAUGUAUACUGGCAGCACGUAUACCAAUACUAUGUAUACUAAUUAUUCGUUUUGUAUUGUGCAUUAUAAUCGCGGACACUGGCGCGCGUCCCGAUACGAGAUUGGAAACGAACGAAAUACUUAUUACGCCGCCAGCGCUCGCACCUAGUAUAUUGAUAAUUUAUAAGUUUUAUGUUGUGAACCUGAAUUCUGGUUGGUAUCACCGGAGGCGGAACUAGAUGAUAAUAGCUUUGACUUAAAACAGAAAUAGUUUUAAAACUGUAUUGAUUCUCUGUAUUUUGCAAUAGAGAAAUAAAUCGACUUGACUUAAUUA